AUGGCGAAGUCGUCUUUGCCUUCCGCUCUCCUGCCUAGCCAGGGGAAACCUGCAGGUGCCUUCUCCGAGCUCCUGUACCUCCCGAUCAAAGAUACCAACACGCAUGUCAUUCUGUCCGCAGCGCCUCCCCAUGAGCUCUCCGCUCCGUCUGUUGGCGGGGCGGCCGCGGACCAAGAGGCCGGCGGCCGCGACUCGGAGGGCGACGUGCCCAAAGGGGCGUCGGUUUUUGUAGACGAGUCUGAAUGCCGCUUGAUUGGCGAGAUGCUCAAGAGAGAAGUCUGUGUUCUGCAUCACUGGCUCGACUGCGCGCUGCACUACCACGCCAACCACAACGUGUCCUCCUUUCUUUCCAUCCUCCAGGACGCAGACUACUGCGCCAACACUGUGCUGUACUCCAACAGCGACAUCUCAAACCAGCCUCUCGCCGAGCUGCCUCCCGUGCCCCCGCUCGCCGCGGCCUCCGCUCGCCUUGCGGCCCCACGGCGGGCGGGCCGCGAGGGCGAUGAUGGCGCGUCGCCUCCUCCGCACUGCGAGGGCGCCGCCGGCGCCGCCGGAGAUGACGAGAUCGCCGCCGACGCCUUGAGGCCUGGAGAGACGUCUGCGGGCGGCUGGGACGGCGACUGGCGCGUCCUCAUCGACGCCGCGAUGGCCGCUCACCACACGCACGCGGCGCUGCGGGCGCGGGACCAGGUCACGCGGCACGAAGAGCUCUUGAGGAGCGAGGAGUGGCGGCAGAAAGCGGAAGCCGCGGCGGGGCUGCCUGAGGCCUCGCGCAAGAAAGGCGGCGGCGUCGACGUCCCGCUGCUCAUGCGCAAGGACCCGAACCUCCUCUCUAUCAACUGCGCGGCCUUCUUGAAGAUCGCCAAGGCUCUCAUCCUCAACGUUGCGGCCGCCACGCCCCCCGCGGUGACCAGCGGACAACUCGCCGGCGUCCCGCCCUCCGUCGGGAGCGCGGGUGCGGCACCCGGGGGCGUCGCGGGGCGUUUGGGCGCUGCAAACGCCGGCGACGGCGCGCAGCUGUCGCAGUCUUUCGCUGGACUGCAGCCCCAGCAGGAGCAGCUGCUGCUCCAGCGACAGAGUCUGAAUGAGCUGAAGGGCGCCGAGGAGCUGUUCCGCUUGGCCGCGGUGCAUACGCCGCUGCACGCGGCUCCUUUGCUGGGGUUGGCGAGCUGCGCGGUCUACGAGCGCCGAUGGGAGGACGCGUUGGUAUACUACUGUCGCUUGAUUGCUUACUCGCCCCCUGCGCCGCCUGCGGGAACACCGCCUUCGUGCGACUCGCCCGAGGUGCGAGCCCUCAUUUCGACCGCGGCAGGGUCUCGUCUCUCCGCCUCUUCAGAGGCAAGCUCGCAGUCGGCGGCGGGGGCUGCUUCUGGGAAGGCCCGUCUCUUCGGCUUCUGCCCCAGACGCUACGCCGCAGAUCUGCGUUUCGCGGCAGGCAUGUGCUUCCUGCGGUUGUCUAGACACGCAGAGGCGCGCCGCGCCUUCCAGCGCGCAGUGGCCGUCGACCCCUCGCACCACGGGGCUCUCUGCGGCAUCGCCCUGCUGCUGCCCGCGAGCUCCUCUCACCACGGCGACCAGCAGCAACUCCUCCUCGCUGCGCACCGCCGCGCGCCUAGUGAGGCUUCGAUUCUGCUGCAGCUCGCAGCGCGCUGCUUGCUGGCGGGCGACCUGAGGCAAGCGGAGGGCUUGCUGCGCGUCGCCCAGCCUGCACCCUUCUCGCUGGAGCUGCUCGGGGAGCAGCGCUACCUGACUGGUUGGCUGCUGCAGCAGCAGGGCCAGACGUGGCGCGCGGUCGGCGAGCUGCGGCGCGCGCAGCAGCUGCGCCCCCACCACCCGGCGACUGUGUUUCGUCUCGCGCAGUGUUUGCUCUUGUUGGGCGGCCUCGAGCGCAUCAAGGAGGCCCAGCUGCUGCUGGAGAGCCUCCUGCGGAUGCUGCCGCGGAACUUCGAGCUGCGCCGCCUCAUGGGCUGCGCGCUGCUUGCCGAGGCGGAGCUCCGGGGCUUGUGGGGAGCGGCGGGGACGCCGGGCGACGGCGACGACGCGAAGGCCACUGCAGACAGCAAGGCGCAACCCGAAGCCGCGAAAAGAGGGAUACCGGGCGGCGCAGGUAUCACGGAGUGUCUGCGCCUGUACCAGCGCGCGCUGCAGGAACUGAGCAAAGCUGCCGAAGCGAACGAAGACGACCCGGUCACGUGGAUGCUCCUGGCGCGAUGCUACGAGUCGCUGGUGGUGACCGGGCAAGACCUGCGCUUCCAGAGGCCUUGCUUGCAGGCGUAUGAAAAAAUCGUCCUCCUUGCCGUGAGGCAGCUGCAGCAGCACGGAGGCGGCGAGGCCGCGCGGGUGUCGCAGGAUGUAGAGAUGGCGACCGGCGCGAUCAAGGGAGAAGAAAGCGACGCGACCAGCAGUGCAGGAGGGAUUGAGGCAGUGCUGGCAGGCCGCGUCGCCUUGCCCGAGGGCGUACCUCUCGAACUCUUGAACAACAUGGCCGUCCUGUAUCUCGCGGAAAACCGUCCCAAGAGGGCGCGCGCGCUGCUUUCCCGUGUGCUGGAGCAGCUCUCGGCGAGCGACGGCGAAAGCCAGGACACCUACCAGCCCCGAGCAGAGGCCGCUUCCGCGGACCGCGGAGGCGGAGCUCAGGCGACGGCCGGCGGUUCGUCUGGCAGCGAGCCUGGCGCGGCCGACGGCGCCCGGUCUACCGCCGCCCUAGCCUCCGCGUCGAGGAGCCGCGGGGCGGCUGGCGGUGAGGGGAAGACGUCUGUGUUUGCAGCGGCUUCGAUGUGUGCGUUGCGUCAGCUGGUGGCCUUCAACCUCGCGCUCGUGCUGACCUCUUUGGGCGCGUACAGCUCGGCUAGCGCGUACCUCAAGGAGUUGUGUGGGUCGCCGGCGUCGUCCGCCGCGGCGCAUUGUGGCUCAGCUAAGGCGACCGCGUCGGUGUCUGUGCCUUCCGCGUGGCUGCUCCGCGCGCGGCUGGCCGCCGAGCGCGGCGACGUGCUGGCUGCCAAGCGCCUGUGCGAGGCAGCGCGGGCGACGGGCGUCGCUGCUGCGCUCUCGGCGUUCCAUCCUGGCGGCGCCCGCGGAGGCAGCGGCUCGCCGGACGCCGCGCUGGUGCUCGCGGAAGUCUUCGCCGGCUGCGGCAAGAUCGAGGCUGCCCUGGCGGCCGCCCAGCGCGUGGCUGGCCUCAAAAACCGUGCCGGCGAACGCGACCCCUUCGCGCUCACCUUCGUCGCAGUCCUGCAGCGCCUGAAGGCGAAGCGCCUGCUGCAACAGCAGAGCAUCGAAAAGGCAAACGCGGCGCUCGCGGAGUCUCGCUACUUCUUCACUCUCUCUCUCCAGUCCUCCUUGAGCAACUGUCACGCAGCGAAUGGCCUCGCGGUACUUCUGGCUGAGGAGAAUCUCACGAAAACGGCUCUCAGCAUGCUGCGGCUUUUGCUGGAGUGUGCGGGGUGUAACAACGAGUUGAAGGCGACGGUUCACACCAACUGCGGCCUGCUCCUGGCGGCGCUUGCCUUGACUGAGCGCCCGGAUAUCAGCCUGGCGCAGGAUGUGUCCAAGGCCGACCAUCAGAAGCUCCAUCGCGCUUUCCGGCAUCUGAUGAUUGCGCUGGAGGCGUCGCCUAUGCAGAAGGACCUCUACCUCCUCAUGGGGCGCCUGCUGUACGACUGCGUGAAAUUCGACGCCGCAGUUCUCGUGCUUCAGGCUGCGAUGCAGCGGUGGCCGAACGACCUGCGCGUGGCGUACAACUUGGUCGUGUGCAUGGACGCGCGCGUCUGUAGCGACCUGCGUCUGCGCGACAAGAUGCAGGACCCGCAGGUGAUGCGUGACCUCCUCUGCAUGUGUCAGGCGAAUGUGCAGCUUCUGACCCGCCUGAUGCACGCCAAACGCAGCUGGGGCCACCUCGACCCUCACACGCUGAAGCAAGUUCGACACGGACUUUUGCCUCCAAGCGCGCUGGGGAGUCUGGAGUCGAAUGCCGCACGCUCGGAUGGCAGAGUGGCAAUCGCGCCUGAGGGCGCAGAGGAGCUCCCGAGCCUGCAGCAGCUCGAGACGCUUCUGCUGAAGAGCAAAGACAAAAUUCUGCCGCACUUGACGAAAAGCCUGCCGCUCAUUGAACAGAACUGGAAAGAGCAACGGGAGCGGCGCGAGGCUCAGCGGCGCGACCAGGAGGAGCUGCGGCGUUCGGCGCAGGAGAAGAAGCAACAGAAGCUCCUUCAGGAAGAAGCAGAACAAGAGAGGCAGUUGGAGCUCGCCGAGCGGCUGAUGCGCGAAGCCAAGGAGAUUGCGGCGACGCUGCCUUUGAAGAGAGAGGAGGAAGAAGUCGGCGGCAAGAAGCGUGGAAAGGCCGCGACGAGCGAGAAGAAGAGGAGUCGUACCCAGGAUGACGACGAUCGCGAAUUUUUGAAUGACGAGGGCGACGAGGACGACGACUACAGCGACCCCGAGGUGGAUGGGGGUCGCCGCGAGGGCGAACGGCGAAGGAAACAGAGAGAGAGCGGCGACGAUGGCGAAGAAGAGACUCGACGGGACAGGAAGAAGAAGCGCCACCGCGAGAAGAAGGAGAAGAAGAGGAAGAAACAGACGAAGGAGAAGAAAAAACAACGCCACCGCGGAGAAGAUGAAGACAGUCGAUCCGAAGCGCCAGACGAAGACGAGCGUGAGCUGAGCGAGAAUGAACGCGGUUUUAGCGAGGAGAGGCAGGCCGGGCAACAAGACGCGCCGUCGCCAGACUUCGAGGAGGAGGGAGAGGCGCCUCGGCAGGCAGCCGCCGAAGUCAGGCGACAAGAGGGAGGAAGCGUGGAGCAUCCCGAUGCCGUGGAGACCCCGGGUGUUUCGGCCGAAAGGUCGCCUGACCACGAUUUUGUUCAUGGGCUCGAAGAGGCUGCACAGCGCGGCGAGGCGGAGCAGCUGGGGCAGGGGGGGGAGGACGACUACGCGGAGUUGAGGGACGAGGACGGUGAGUCAAGGGACGAGGCGCGGAAGAAGGCCAAGAAGCAUAAAAAGGAGAAGAAGAAGCGCAAGAGAGAGAAGGAGAAGAAGAAAAAACACCGUCGUCACGCAGAGAGUGAAGACGAGCGCCCCAUGGCAGAAGAGGAGGAACUGGAGGAAAAUGGCCAGUUCGGUACAGAGGCGCAGGGAGAGCUCGAUCAAGAGGAAGAAGAAAGGACCAAGAGAAGGCGCGUGGAUGAAGAAGGAGAUCAAGAGGAAAGCCUAGAGCACCCGAAGCAGUAG